GGGGCAAUGGUCCGGCAAAGGUAAGACCACGGAGACAGUAAGAUUGCACGGGGGUGAGGGGCCCCUGAAGCAGUAUCGAUCAGAACAGGAGAGAGACGUACCAUGCAGACAGAGACAGACGGCAAGAGGGAGAAGCUCUGAUUCCCAAAAGAGAGCCGUAGGUGUCUGCUGUCGUGGUGUAGUCAGAGGAAGCAGGGUACCGCCUGUUGUAUGCAUCUGCUCCUCAGUCGCCCUGCGAGCUCCCCUCUCGGCAGGCUUGGCCGCAGAGUGAUAUCUUCCCCCUCUUUUCUCGGUGGGAGACGUCCCCGUGCACCCAGAAAUGGCUCGUACGCACUGUACACACUCUCCAGCUCACGCUGACGCAACGAAAGCAGCCGAACCUGUGUGCAAGGAGGUGAGUGACGGAUGCAUCUGUGUUACUCUUCCUUUCCGUCAGUAUGUGUGUGGCUGACCGACCAAUUGUGCAUUGACAAUGUACCACAGCAGGCAGAGCAAGUGGAGGCCGAAGAGCGCCGCUAAGGCCCAGUCGACAAAGACGAAGAGAGUGAGCACCUUGACCACAAUGCAGAGCUUCAGGUCGCCCCAUGCCGUCCAGUUGAGAGUGUCGGAGACACGCGUCCCCUGAACACACCCACGCCAUUGAGGUUAUGCUAUUGAAAUCCACUUACUUGGUGCAUACCUACCUGGCGGAGAUCCCAACCAAUGAGAAGUUGAUUCAGCUCAACAGGGAUCAGAGAGUGCCUAAUGAGAGAAUCCAUCGCCGAAUGGUGGUCAUCAUACCUGGUGGUCACACGUACCUCGCAGCGAGAAACACGAGCACAGAGCCAGCCGACAGCCGCACCUUGCCGUUACUUGGCCUUUCGUCCUGAGAUUGCGAGUGUGCCCCUGGCUUGUCCGUGUCGCAGGUCGCAUCGAUGUCGGCGGGAAGCUGGUCGGGAUCGACGUGGACUGCGGGCAUACUCAGGAUGUCGUAGGCGCUGCCGGCUAUGGUGCUCAGAAGGGGCAGGAGGAUCUGCAUGAACGAUGUUAUAUGAGAACUUCAUGUGGGCAAACACAUCUACCGUCAUGUGUACCUGUAGCAUCUGGAGGAUCGGAGGGAUGGCCUGCGAUCAACGGGCGCACACGAUGAUUCAAUGGGUGCAGUCAAGUCCGUUGUGUCUCUCUACCUCUAUGCUCGCUUACCCACAUUCGCAUCAUGAUCUCGUGAAUGUAAGAGUCUUCUUCUUCCUCGGGAACCACAGUCCCCUCCACCUUUCCGUCAGUCGUCACAGCCUUGGGACUGAAGAAGCUGGUCCGGCCGCCAUGCUCGCUGAGGAAGUGGGUGUGGUCCCGGAAGACGACAAAUGUGGCAACAUAGGAGUAGAAUCGAAUUGUCCAGCUGAGAGACACGAGAAGACGGCUCCAGAACCUGCAUAAGUAGACAGAUCCACUCACUCAUUGACACGGAGGAAGCACCGCUGGUUGGCUGGUUGAGUCUCACCCUGCCAGCCCUGUCCACAAGCAAAAGAAGACAACGAACUCGACGCCUCCGAUGAACAAACACAGCUGGAUUGCAAGCAAGACAGUUGAUGCGCAAAAGCAAAUGCAUACACACAGGAGAGCAUAAUGGCGACCCACACACAGCGCUCACCUUGAGAAAAUCGGGGUAGUUGCGAUAGUCCCUAAAGUAUACACACACACACAGGGUGGGAUAUAGACAAGCUUGUGAUCGUCGGUCCGGCCUACUGAUAGUCGAUCGGGAUUAUCAUCGGGUCUUCUUUUUGCGGUGCGUAAAAGGCCACCCAAACCUCGCUCGCGAGUGCCACAAAUACACACACCCAGAUACGCAACUGAAGCAGUAAGCAGGUAAGCAUUCGCCAGUUGAGGUAGCCAGACAGUCAGCAGACAGACAGACUGACCAUGUUGAACUCCGAUAUCUUCAGCUCGUCACACAAAAUCUCCGCAAGGCCAAGCCUGACACAGCAGUGAUGCGAUGAGUGCAAGGCAUGUACAUACGUACAGACAACCGAUUGCCCGCUCGCCCGCGCACCUGCCAGUGUACUUCAUCGACAGCUUCAGCCUCGCAAAGCGCAAUCCGAUGGACGUCCUCGGCAAUGGAAACAUCACGUACCCCUUCCAUUUCCUCUCGCCCUCCCCAUCUUCCGUGCCAAAUGGAAACAUCACACCCACGCCCUUCCUCCUCUUUCUCCUGGCCUCACGCGUCCGCUUGGGCGGCGGCUGCGGCUGUGGUGCGGCGGGCUGAGGCUGCUCACUGUCAACCGCCGCCUCUGCCUCUGCAGGCUGCAAGAGAGGCUCCGGCACUGAUGUUGGCUGGGCAGCACUGGUGGCAGACAUCAGUGCUCCAGUGUUGUGGAUGCGCUUCUCGGCCGCUGGGGCGGCAAUGGCAUCAUCACCUGUUGCUAAUGCGGUCUCCUCUGCUGCUGCUGCUUCUUCGUGUCCGUUGGCGCCAAAGGUGACCUCCUUCCUGACCCUCAAGUUGGCGGCUGACGGCCGAAGGAUUGACGGUAACGAAUGGGCUGACACGGACACCGGAGGGGAAGCGCUGGGGCCUGUACCGGGUGAGACUGCUGCGCUUUCAGGUGAGACCUUGAUGCUGAAGUCACGUGCUGCUGCUGCUCCUCCUUGUGGCGCUCGUUGGUCAUGGGAGAGCGCAGCAACAGCAUCAUGCUGACCACCGUCCUCCUCCUCUGGUUGGAAAGACGGUUCUGGGAGGGCUGAAGGAGCUGAAAUGUGCCGCCGCCCGUGGACCGGACAGACCGCUGAUUCGGCGAUUGUGCCUGCCCCCUCUCUACGAUGUGGAGGUGCAUUGGCCGCCACUGGUGGUGGCAAGUCCAAAGCUUCUGCAUUUUGAGGCGACGGGCUGACUGGAGUCGACUUGCUGGUCCUGACGCGGCCGUGGUGGCCUGAAGGUGAAGAAGAAGACUUCACCUCAACGUCCUUGGCCUGCGAGGCACGCAGAGACAUGACCUUAGAUUUAUAUCUCUAUUUAAUCUCUGUAAUCUGACCUGCCUACCUCGAUUUGCGGUUUUCUCUUGUCCUUCUGUCCAUGGCCUUGAGGGUCUGGCUCUUGAUCGGUUCUGUCUGAGCCGGUCUCCCUGUGGGCCUGCUGCUUGACCGCUAUAUUGACCUGCCAAAGUCUGCCCUUGGAUAAGCAGGGACCACGAUAUAAGGGCAUUCAUGUAUCGACCGCCACAUUUCACACUCACCUGAACGCCUGGAGCAAGACAAACACCCCGUUCUUGACCAUGAAUGGGCUGAACUCCACGAUGUCGUAGAAGUCGAACCAUAACCAGGCUCUCGCGAAGAAGAGGGGGAUGUCGACGAAGAAGAUCGAUACGAUGGCCGAGUGCUUCCUCUUGAGGAUGACAUCACCAUAGGGCAGCUCCGUGUCUCCUCUUGCCGCCUCGGGGCCCUCUGUGGCUUCCAUCUUGCCUCCGAGGGGCCCUGUGCCCUUUCCCUGGCCAGAAAAGCUGUACGAAUGAAAGAAAACCCCUGCAGACCACAGGGGAAAGGGCACAGAGUAGAAAAGAUGAGACACGCACAACGAAUGGAAAGUACCGAGGAAGAUAAAAGCACCGAUGGUGUUUCUCAUCCAGGGGACUUUCGAAUCCACCUGCUCGGGAAGCAGCAGACUGCAGAAGAGACAGCUCAACUACCGUCAGCGAGACAUGAGGGAAGUAAUCGGCUUGCUUGCACUGACCUGUACUGGAAGGCGGCCUGAACGUGGAGAAAAGACAACGAAGGGACAGGUGAAGGCAUGAUCAUCCUGCCAUUGGUGCCGGUCAACUCCCCCCACCGCGAUAUCCACAAGGUCGAGCACAACGUGGAACAUCAUGUCUGCGUGCAUCAUUGUGCUGAUGCUGAUAACUUUCGACAUGGAGCCGAAGAGCUGCUUUAUUGACCGCAGCAUCAUCAGGACAUAAAUCACCUGAAUCGGAAGCCAUAAAGGCACAUGAUUCCCUUCAAUCAGAAAAGACAAGGGAUUCCAUGUUCCCGUACCGGCGUGAGGAGCAGGACUGCGUAGAGGAUAUUGGGGCCCCAGAAGUUGGUUUCGUCGAGCUUCUCGUUGACCUUGAAGUACCUGGUUACGCACACAGUCAGCCACAUGACGACUUAGUGCUUCUCGAUGUGUACGCAUACAGCAGGAUGAGCUUCACGGAGAACAUCCAGCUGUAGAAGAUCCAUAUCACUGCCCCCUUCUCGGCUGCCCAACACACACAUAGACGUCAAGCCAUUUGACUCAACCUCUCCGAUGGAUUGCGAACGGCGCACCAGCCUUGGAGAGGUCCCAGUUGAGAAGAAACUUGAGCAGUAGGGGGGCGUCCAACAGCACGAACAGAAGGGAGAGCUCCGCCCAGUUGGUGACGAGGUAGAAGUCCAAGACGCCCGUCUGAAUGUCGACAAUGCAGCAGGUCUCCUCGUGCUGUGUUCGGCUUGUUCGUGAGCCUCUCACCUGCCCACAGUAGCAGAGCACUGUGAGAACGUAGGCCAACCCCCCGACAUGACCCAUCGCGAGGAAAAGAACUUUUGAAAUCCGUGUGGGGGCUUCUGGGGGCGAGGUCGAAGGGAG